AUGACAAAACGUUUCCUUUUACUCGUUUGCCUCAUUUUUAUGAUCUAUCAAUUGGAAAGGACAAAGGCAAUUUCACGAAAACGCGUGAACCGAGAUAUGAGUGAUUUCAAGGAUAUUCGACUUGAUGAGAAAGGAUACAAUAAAACUAUGCAAAUCCACUACAAUUGGUACAUUCACUCGAUCAAGGCGCUAAUGGGCGAAAUGGGGAAACAGUUGAUGAGGAAAUUGAGUAAAGCUCAAAAGAUCAAGAUGAUACGUUGUUUGGACAAAAUUCGAGACAGAAAAGAUAUCGUGAGCGCGGCAAGAUGCUUAAUUGAUGGGAAAAUCGCUUACGAAGAGAUGAGACUGCAUCGAGUGAAAUAUGAUGAUUUUAUGGCAAAGAAAAGUGGCGAAGAGAUGGUAUCGGCCGUGGGAUCGACACAAGAUGGCGGCGUUGCUUUCCGACAAGAAGAAAUGACGCCAACAAGGAGCUCGCCAAGUACAAUCUCGCCAAAUGUGUUGAAGAGACGAAAGUUCAAGCAAAAAAUCGACCCGCUGAAAGUGCUGAAGCACAAGAAUCGAUAUAAAAAAUGGAUGGGAAAAUUUCGAGUGGUGGCCACCGGAGAGCAAACGGGAAACGCGAAAUCAAAAACAAAGACAAAAACAAGGAAGACGAAAACGACUACCGUAAUCCCUCGAACAACAGUGACGGGAAGAUCGAUAAAUUUAAAGCCAUUCCGUUUCAAAGCCAACCCCGAGCCGCUCAAGUAUCCGAUGUCGAAAAUGCGAAAAAUGAAAUCGAGAAAACACAAAAUUGGGAAGAAAAAAAUGAUCAAGAUGAGUCAAGAGGAGGUGGAGAGGAGAAUUCAGCAACGCCUUUCGCAUUUCCUCAAGUACUACGAUCGAUCCGAUGAGAAACGGAGCCGAAAAAUGAGAAAAAAGUAUAAGAAAGCCCAUCGAAGCCUUUUAAUGGCGCAGAAAGAAAGCGAGCUCUCCGAAAUGCAAUUUCGUCGUCGCGUUAAACGAUCGCCGUACCGUUUGAUCGCCGAUCAAGUCCAGAAAAGUGACAGUCAAAAAUUUGUGGUGACGAAUCUUAAAAAAAUGCCAGCACUGCUCGAGAAUCGGAUAAGUCCUGUGCAAAGGAUUUCGAAAAUGGUCAUUAAUAUGGUGAGAGGAAAAAAUGGGACUGAGCGAGUCGGUGGUUGGGCAAAAACGUAUGAAGCGAUUCUCUCGAUGAAGAAAACGAUGGACAAACAAGCGAAAGAGCCUGGAGCAAAAGUGUACGAUUUGCGAAUGUACGAUCUGGUGUUGGGCAGGGAUACGCCGAGCGAGGAUUUAUUUCAGAGGGCCAAUCAUCCGGAGUUCAUUGGUGAGACAUACGGUUUGGCAAGUCGAAUGGGCGGAAAUAAGAACAAUAUGAAAUUCUUGUCGCCAAGAAUUGCUCCAGUGAUGCCGGAUAAGUACGGCUACGCGCACAAACGACAACUCUCUCCAUCAAUUCUCUCCUUUUACAAAGACGAGGCCGAGGAUCAGAUAUUGCCGCUACCUGAGAUUCUUGAGGCAAGCGGAAUGAAAGGUCGAGAUCAAACGUCGAUGUUGGAGAUGAUUAUGGAGGUUUCCGGAGCAAAAGAUGUCGUCAAUGAUGCGAUGAAAGCGGUCGAGAACAUGAAACUAUUUGGAAUGGAGGGUGAAAUUUUGGAAGUGACAAAAAGAACGAUGGAAAUUUUCAAGAGUCUCGAGAAAUCGUUUACUGGCCGACAACAAAAAGAGAUGAAAAAACGCGGUUACACCUUUCAAUUGCCGCAUCAGCUAGAGAAAUUGCAUGAGCAACAGGGCAUUCUCGAGCGUAAAGAUCACGGCUUUGACUACGACGAGUACCGGAAACAAAGCCGUUUAGAGCGCGAGAAAGGUUUAUGGGUGAAAAUAUGGCAUAUUGCGAGGAAUGGCAGCGAGGUGAACGACAACUUCGAGCACGCGCAUCAAGUGAUCGGCAACGCGACAGCACUUGGUGAGGCCGAGCACCGCCGAGUGAAGCGUCUCACCCCGUGCAAUCCUCCGUGCAUCUCGGUUCCCAAUCUUCUCGGUGUCCUCAAUCCGACUGUGCUCGCCCCGUACGCUUUCACGCCAAUUUUCGGUUUGUCCGUGCUGGGCCCGGUCGUUUUGUCGCCAUCAUUGUUCAGUCCGCUGAUCCUGAACCCGGCCGUCCUCUCGCCGUACGUGCUCUCGCCAGCUGUCGGGGAGGAUGAAAUCACAGGAAUCGAACAAAGAAAGAGAACGUGUGAGAAAUUAUUGCCU